CGCUCGUGCAUUCGUCUCUCUGCCGCCUUCUUCUGGCACACAGGAGUUGAACUUGGCUCCAUAUGGGCAACUUAGUGACGUUAACCGUUCAGUGCUAAUCGAUUCGGGUUUUGGAUAACCGGCUGCUGAAUCCUUUCUGCGGUACCGUAAGUGAAGACAGAGCAGCGCGUCUGCAGACUGCAGUCCUUUCCCCGCCGUCACAUUAACAAAACACUAGUGUUGCGCUGCCGUUCACAAGUUCAUGUGUGUGCAGUAGAGGCUCCGGAGCGCUUUCCCCGCAGUUCCCCCCAGCUUCAGCUACAAUGAGCGAGUAUUUCAGCCUGUCGGACUGUGAUGUGAUCGGGUUCGACCUGGACCACACGCUAUGCCGCUACCAUCUGAAGGAGACCUCCAGGCUGAUCUAUGAGAGCUUUGCCAGGUAUCUGGUGGAGCAUAAAGGCUAUGACAAGGACCUGCUGAACCUAACCUCUGCUACCUGGGAUUUCUGUUUUAAAGGGCUAGUGGUGGAUCUGGAGGAUGGAAACCUCGUGAAGCUGGCUGAAGAUGGAACCGUCUUGCGAGCGACACAUGGAACCAAUGACCUCAGCACAGAAGAGAUCAUCAAACAUUAUGGUCCAAAAAGGGAGUGGAAGCACUUUGAUAGCCUCAAUACCUCCUUCACAAGAUCUGCAAAGUACUAUUUCUAUGACAACUACUUUGAUCUACCCGGGGCUCUCCUCUGUGGAAGAGUUGUCGACAUGUUGCAUAAGCGAGGAAAUGAGGUGAAUUCUGACUUUUGGAAAGACAUGGUUGCUGCCAUCGACCACAAUUACAACACAUCUGCAUUCAAAGAGGACGCAGGGACAUACUUCCCCAGUGUGAAGAGGGACCCGGGCCGGUACCUGCAACCCUGCUCUGACUCCGUCAAGACCUGGCUGCGCAGCAUGAAGAACAGUGGGAAGGUCCUGCUCCUCAUCACCAGCUCCCACAGUGACUACUGCAGGCUAAUCUGUGAACACAUCCUGGGGAAGGAUUUCGAAGAGCUGUUUGACGUCAUCAUCACAAACGCCUUGAAGCCCGGUUUCUUCUCCUUGGUGCCCCAGCAGAGGCCCUUUAGGACCCUUGUGAGCGACGUGGAGGAGGCCGAGGGGCUGCCGUCGCUGGAUAAACCCGGCUGGUACUCCCAGGGAAACUGGCCGCACCUGCACGAGCUGCUCAAGACCAUGACGGGGAAACCAGAGCCCAAGGUAGUGUAUUUUGGAGAUAGCAUGCGGUCGGACAUGUUCCCUGCCAGCAGUUUUGGGAAGUGGGAGACAGUGAUGAUCGUGGAGGAAAUGGAGGGGGAGGGUGUCCCGAAGAGUGACGCGGCGAUGUCAAAUGAGGCCCAAGUGGAGCCUCUGGAGAAAAAGGGAAAGUUUGAGGAGCAGGGCAUGAAGUCACCCUCUGCUGUGUCCAAGCAGUGGGGCUCCUACUUUGUCGACGUACAUAGAAGCGAAGGAGGGGAUGAGGAGAACCAGAAACUGACCUGGUGCUGUAACUGCAUUCACAAAUACAGCACCAUGGCCAUCCCUAGUGUGGAGCACAUAGCAGAUCUCCCUUUGGAUUACAAGUUCCCCAGGUUUUCUCCCGACAAGCCCUGCACCACCGGCUACUACCCCAGGCCCCCGGAUUCUUUGCUGAAGAGGAGAGGAAUGUGCCUCCCUUUUUGCCUGUAGUUUCCCACCUGACCCCACCGCCAUCUGUGGAGCACAGGAAGCAUACACUCCUCACCCAUUCAGAGAAACUAUGUGAAUGUAAGCCACAGUAUCUGUGUAAUAAUGCCUACAUUUGAACGUUGUUUCGUGGUUUAGUGUACUGUACACAUGGAAAUACGACAAAAUAAGUGUGUGAGAGUGUGUGUGUGUGUGUGUGUGUGUGUGUGUCUGCAUACAGUAAUAAUAGGAAAUGUAGUGUUUUAAUUGUUUUUAUUGUGAGCUCCCUAUUGGUUUCUAUGGUAGAUUGUUUAAAAAUCCGAUAUCUUCUAAUUUUUCCGAAAUAAAAUGAACACUUUACUGUCUGUUUAUCCCUGAAGUGAUUACCUCAAGAACCCUAAGCAGUACCCAGAUGACCAGUGUGUUUCUCCCUAAAGAUCAGUCGGAAUCAUUGUGUCAGUAUUCAGUAUAACACUGUUAUUGUGUAGUCUACUUUUUUCAAAUAUACUUUUACUGUAUGCAUUUUAGUAACCUUAACUUUAAGGUCUAAUGUUUCCCUGAUUUCAGUUUUGUUGAUGGUGUUAAUCUUCAGGUCAUUGUUGCUAAGAGACUGGCACAAUGCUGUCCUUUGUGUUGGCUGUUUCAAAAAAACAUAACUUUGGAAAACAAUAAUAAUAGUGGAUGAUGAAGAUUGUGCUAGAUGUUCUCUGUAUUAUUUUUGGUGCAACAGUGACAUGUGCUCUUUGAUUGAUUGUGUAAAAAUGUGGACUACUCGUGCUUCAUUCAUAUGCAGUGCCAGUUUGAGAUAUGCUUUAACCGACUUCUGAAUGGUUAUUUUGUCGGUGUGCAUAGAUAAGUUGUGCCAUAAUACUUAAGGAACACUCAGUUUGGGAAAAAUCUGUGUAGGUUUGCUCAUUGCUUACAAGAGUAGAUUGAUAUCAGGGUAUCUCUGUACAUCCAGGCCAACCUGCAAAGGGUUUAGCCUAGCUUAGCACUAAGACUGGACCACAGCACAAUUGUUAGCCUCAGUACAACAUGGAACAAUACAACUUUCAACAACUCCAAAUUUUGAUAGCUAGCAAACUUAUCACAAAUGCAAGAGUCAGCUCCAGUAGUUACUUCUGACAGCAGUGUUAGGACUGUGUGCAAACCCGAGGUCUUCACUUCACUUGGUUCAUCGACCUGAACCAUCUGUCGUGCUAUGUGCAAAUUAUAUUCUGUCUAAGUACGGGUGCAGUCCCAUCCCAUUCUUAGGUUUUGAGUCUGCAUGUCAACGUGUAUAAUACCUAGCUUAGGCUUCAUUUUUGCUAAUCAAUUUAUACACGUCAAGUUAGGGUUGUUUUUCCUACAGUUCCGUUUCGGAUUGGGCCCAAAAUAGAGAGCCUGAGUCCCUCCCCUUCCAGUGGACCACCAUGGGACCUUAUUUUGGAAAAAUAUUGUACGGUAGUCAAUGGCGAGGGACAACAAAUAUUUUGAUCCCGUUUGAAUUGUGCCCUGAAUUACACAUAUGUUUGUCCAUUUAAAAGAUACAUUUUAAAGUCAAGAAAGUUGCAGUUUGAUGUAAAACUGUUUUACACGCCACAAAUUUAAAUACCCCCCACUGGAGUAUGAAGUAGGCCUGUUGCGCUUGCGCACUGUGAAUUAUAGUUUCGGAGACAUACCAAAUACUUAGUAAUGUCUAAAAAGGUAGUCUAGCAUCUAGCUGCUAGCAAGUUUGCUAGUUAGGUUUCUAUUAGUCUUUGUGCCAAGCUGGGCUAAACAUCCUAGAUCGCUAGCGACACUAAGAUGAUAAAGGUAAAUCUUCCCAUCUGGCUCUGAGUAAGUCAUCACACAAGAUGACAUCCCAAAUGUCGAAGUGUUUCUUAGGAUGACCAACAUCUCACAAAUGAAGAGAGAUGUUUUGAUGGUAAACAGCAUACAGGUGUCAGCAUGUAUGUGAGAUUGGUCAUCCAGAGUGAAUUAUUACUUGUGCUGUGUGUGCAAGUGUUUUAUGCAUACAGCUGUGUGAUUGUGAUUGUACUCUUCUUUUCUCAUCUGACCUGGAAAAUCUGACAUGCUCAUUUGCCUUAUGUUGGAUUCAUUUGUGGUCUCAAGUUCUUGAAAACACAGGGAAAGUUAAAUUUUGUGUUGAAGUGCUGUCAAUGAAAUAAAAUGUUAUACAAUUUUCUUACAUAA